UGUAACGGGUUCUGCAUUCCUGAAGAGUAUUUCUUAGAGGAUAAGCCUCUCUCCAUAAAAUCAGCUAAGGCCUCCCCUGUUUUCAGAAGAUCAGUGUAUUGCCGGUAUUUUGAUAAGAAUUGGUAUGAAUUGGUCCCUCCAGUUAGAAGUAUUGUCUUUCCUGAAUUUGGUGUUCAUUGCUGCAGACAUCCGGAGGCAAAAUAUAUGAGCAUUAGUGUGAACAUUGACGAUGUGGUGAAUUUCACAACAAGGCUGUAUUUUUUAGAAUUACAGCUUAUGCCUGGUUUAGAACCUCAGUACGAGCUGUCUUUAUGCCUUGCACCACUUUAUGACAAUGAAACCAAGUGGCUAUUGUUGGCAGAGCUUUUUGAGCAUUAUAAGCUGCAAGGAGUGGAGCAUUUUUAUCUUUAUGUAAAAGAUAUUGACAACUAUUCUCGCAAGGUAUUAACGAUUUACGCAAAGUUUUUGUUUGGGGAGAUAAUGCAGUGCACCUUGAGCUGUUUACUUCAGAGAAGAACACGACAGACCAGGACGAAAUUGGCAGUUUGCUGGUUUAGAAGUAAUCUAGAGAUUUUUCUUAUGUAG